AUGGCCUCCGGACUCUUUUUUGACCCGCGUACCCUCAUUUUCGACCACCGUACACUCCUCCGUACCGCCCCACUCAUAACCUCCACCUGUACACUCUGGUACUCGCUCGACCAGGACUUCUUCCUAAAGGUCUUCCUCCACCCAGACCACCGCACCCGCAGCAAUGAGAUCCUGCCAUCCUAUUUCCGGGGCUUCUUCGGCUACGGUACCGUACGCGUGCUGGCCCUUCUCACACUGACCUUGACGGGGGGUGGAUAUAAUAUCUGGACAGAGCGACGGUCGGGAUUGGGUAGCUCGGCCUCCCUACCUUGGUAUACUGCUGGCACAAUAUUAGCUGCCAGUCACCUUCUCUUUGUGCCCGCGGUUGCGCCCAAGGUCCAGGCUGUGAUCGAGGAUACGUCGAAGGGCUCGUCGACGAAGGAUCUCGAGGGUUGGCUGACUGUUCAUCGUGUGCGUACGUGGACGGUUGAUCUGGCUUCGUGGGUGUGUUUUGCGAUUGGAAUGUCAAUUGUCGAGUGA